UCCCAAAUGUGAUGCUGGCGUUCUACUUGGAAUUUACACAAUCUAUUUAAUAUUCUUAGUGAAAUCGGAUAUUCAUUGUUGAAAUAAUUUGAAUUAUUUUAAUAUUAAACUUUACAAUAUACAACAGACAGAAUAAUACGGUAAACGAUUGAAAAUUGGAAAAGUGACAUUAAAAACUGGAUUGAUGAUUGAAUUCUAGAAACGAUACACGACAGGAUUUUAACCUUUCGUUUUUUUCCCAUACUUACAUUUUUCUUCUCUUCAUUAUCCACUAAAAAAAAGAUGUUAAUCUUACAUUUUCAGACAUAUAAAAUAGUAUUACUGGAAAUAUCCCUAAAACAUCUCCGUCCCUUUUCAUAAACCUCAUCGCGUAUAAUUAAAUUCUAAAGCUGCUGCUAACAUAAAAAGUUACCAUAUAAUUUUCUUCAAACAAAGCAGACAUCCAUUGCACAAGACACUCGACAGGCAAACUUGGAAAAUGUCGCUAUUAGUUAAAUAUAUAUAUAUAAAGAUUCCAACAAUUUAAAACACUGAUAGUGUGAUAUAUGUAUUCAACACAAAGUAUAAUACGUUCUGACAUACAGUAGUACAAUAUAUAUAUUAUAAUUUGAAAUAUAUAUCUAACAUAAAAAUAUUAAUUCAUAGUUCACAUCAUACGUCAUUUAGGAACCAUAAUAAGAUAUGUCAUCACCUAUAACAAAAUUUAAAAAGUGGACUACAACAAACUUAUUAUUCGAUCACACUACUUCUGCGCUCUGUAACUACACUCAAGCACCACAGUUCACCUCCAACAUGCGAGUACAGAACCUAUAAAAGAUGAAAAAACUUGCAUGCUUAAUAAUCACCGAAGAAAGUUUCCCCUACGAAGCCCCCUCAUUCACGAAGCAUGUGGAGAAGUUCAUCGAAACGGAGAAGCGCGCGCUUGCGUUCUGACAGUAUCGUGUUGAAAGUUUCUAUCCUAUCGGCCAGUCGACAGUGUGCACUAGAGCUGCCAGUAUGUAUGAUCGAUCAUACACUAUAGUUGACGAUCAACUAAAAAAUAACCAUUACCAAAACGACAUACAUUACACGCUGCAGAUGUGUCAAUGGCUGUUGAAGCUGAUUGGAAUAUGGCCUCUCCUUAACAAUCAUACUAGCAGACUCGAACAGCUCCUCUCAAUCGUACUCAUGAUCACGUGCUACUCCAGCAUAUUCUUCAUCAUCUUGCCAUCUGGUCAUCAUUUCUUCUUCGUAGAGAAAAAUUUAUAUAUGAAGAUGAAAAUGCUCGGUCCGGUUAGCUUCUGUGUAUUUGCAACAGUUAAGUACAGUUACCUCGCCCGAAAAGGAGCCUUCCUACAGAGGUGCAUCCGACAGCUCAAAAAUGACUGGAAGAGAGUGCAGGAUCCGAGUCAUCGGGCGAUUAUGUUAAAAUACGCGGGCAUUAGCAGAAAGCUUAUCACCAUGUGCGCUGUUUUUAUAUAUACAGGUGGAAUGUCCUAUCACACGGUGGCGCAAUUCUUGUCCAAGGAGAGGACUAGAGAAAAUUACACAGUUAGACCAUUGGCGUAUAUCGGUUACGACCCGUUUUUUGAUACGCAAUCCAGUCCUACGUAUGAAAUCGUGUUCUUUCUUCACUGCUUCGCUGCUAUGAUUAUGUAUAGCAUCACCACGGUUGCAUAUGGUUUGGCUGCAGUGUUUGUUACUCACGUUUGUGGCCAGAUUCAAAUACAAAUAGCAAGAUUGCAGAAUUUGGUGGAGAGCAAGGAUCGUGAUCUCUUUAGUGUGAUUGUGCACGAUCACGCGGAAACAUUAAGGAACAUCGAAGAUGCUUUGUAUCAGAUAUGCUUAACAGAAAUCGUAGAAUGCACGAUUUGCAUGUGUAUACUGGAAUAUUACUGCUUAAUGGAAUGGGCAAACAGUGAUCUAAUCGCUACAUUGACUUAUAUGACUCUGUUGACCUCCUUCACAUUUAAUAUAUUUAUAUUUUGCUACAUAGGCGAACUUCUCACUGAACAGUGUAGCCAAAUUGGUACAACUUCCUACGAAAUCGAAUGGUAUCAGCUGCCAGCUAAGAGAGCUUACGACCUAAUUCUACUGAUCUCUAUAUCUCAAUAUCCACCGAAACUAACGGCCGGUAAAAUUAUUGAAUUGUCUCUGAAUACUUUUAGCUCCGUAAGUUCUUAUUUUUUAAAUAAUUUUAAUAUUAUGACACAAUUAAAUCAAAAUUUUGUACUUUACUAUUUCCAGGUAGCAAAAACGUCGCUAGUUUAUCUCAAUCUACUUCAAACAGUUACAGACUAGUAAUGAAAUGUAUGAUUUUUGACAAUACUACCAUGAAAUAAUGUUAGUCUAUUCCUGAGUACUUACUUUUCCAGACAUUCUGUCCCAAAUGGGAUGCUGAAGCUGUACCUGAAAUUUACAUAAUUUAUUUAAUAUUCUGAGUGAAGUCUCCAAUUUAUUAUUGAAAUAAUUUGAAUUAUUUUAGUGUUAGACUCUAAAAUAUACAACGGAUUAAAUUAUACGAUAAACGUUUGAAAAUUUGAAACAUGAAAUUAAAAACUGAAUUAGUGAUUGUAUUUUAGAAAGGAUAUGCAACAGGAAUUCUAACUUCUGUUCUUUCUUUUUCCCAUACUUACAUUUUUCUCCUUUUCAUAAUCCAUUAAAAAAGAGAUCUUAAUCUUACAUUUCCGGACAUGUAAAUUUCUGAAAAAUUUCCUCCAAAAUAUCUUUGCCUUUUUUAUAAUCCAUAAGGUGUAUAAUAAAAUUCUAU